GCGCGGGGAGAGUUACGUCGGCGUGCGUGGCUGCGCAGCCGCAGUGCCGGGCGAGUGGGCGGGGCUGGCUGUUGGCGGCGGUUGGCGCGGCCCGGGAGGCGGCUGCACGUGCAGGCGGGGGCGAUGCGUCACUGAUCCGAGGAACAAGGAUGAAUAUGACUCAAGCCCGGGUUCUGGUGGCCGCAGUGGUGGGUCUGGUGGUUGUCCUUCUCUACGCUUCCAUCCACAAGAUCGAGGAAGGACACUUGGCUGUGUACUACAGGGGAGGAGCUUUACUAACUAGCCCCAGUGGACCAGGCUAUCAUAUCAUGUUGCCUUUCAUUACUACGUUCAGAUCUGUGCAGACAACACUACAAACUGAUGAAGUUAAAAAUGUGCCUUGCGGAACAAGUGGUGGGGUCAUGAUCUAUAUUGACCGAAUAGAAGUGGUUAAUAUGUUGGCCCCUUGUGCAGUGUUUGAUAUCGUGAGGAACUACACUGCAGAUUAUGACAAGACCUUAAUCUUCAAUAAAAUCCACCAUGAACUGAACCAGUUUUGCAGUGCCCAUACACUUCAAGAAGUUUACAUUGAAUUGUUUGAUCAAAUAGAUGAAAAUCUGAAGCAAGCUCUGCAGAAAGAUUUGAACAUCAUGGCUCCAGGCCUCACCAUACAGGCUGUGCGUGUUACAAAACCCAAAAUCCCAGAAGCCAUAAGAAGAAAUUUUGAGUUAAUGGAGGCUGAAAAGACAAAACUUCUUAUAGCUGCACAGAAACAAAAGGUUGUGGAGAAAGAAGCUGAGACAGAGAGGAAAAAGGCUGUUAUAGAAGCAGAGAAGAUUGCACAAGUGGCAAAAAUUCGGUUUCAGCAGAAGGUGAUGGAGAAAGAAACUGAAAAGCGCAUUUCUGAAAUUGAAGAUGCUGCAUUCCUGGCCCGAGAGAAGGCGAAGGCAGAUGCUGAGUAUUACGCUGCACACAAAUAUGCCACCUCAAACAAGCACAAAUUGACCCCGGAAUAUCUGGAGCUCAAAAGGUACCAGGCCAUUGCUUCUAACAGUAAGAUCUACUUUGGCAGCAACAUCCCUAGCAUGUUCAUGGACUCCUCUUGUGCUUCAAAAUAUUCAGAUGUUAGGACUGGAAGAAAAAGCUCUCUCCUCCUAAGGAGGCUCUUGAACCCUCUGGAGAGAGCCCCAUCCAAAACAAGGAGAGCACAGGUUGAUGUAAGAGGUGGAAAUGUACUCCCAUAUCAAGAUGUGGCCCAAGGGGUUAAGUGGGAACAAUGGUUAUAUGACUCUUCAGAUUCACACAGAACCUGUGCUCUGUCUGUUCUGCCUCUCCUGUGAUAGCCCUGGCUUAUCAACUGAUUGCAGGGUAGAACCAACUGUCUGGCACCCAAAUGUCUUCAGCCACAGUUUAUCAAGUAUCCUGUGUGUGUUCCCUUCUGAACUGGUACUCAUAAAUCCGGGAAAGUCUGAUGCUAAGAUACUGCCUGCACUGGAAUGUUAGACAUCAAUUAUAUAACAAGCUGUGUUUUUCUAAGCUGAGAUCUAUUGAAUAAUGUUUACAUUGGUCCCCGGGGAAAUGUGUGCUUGGCCAUUCAAGACAUAAGAGGCCAGAGAAGAUGUCAGGAUGCGGUAAGUGUAAAGACGACCAAUCACGCCUGGGGCCCAGGCUUUCUUUGGGGUCCAGUCCCAGCAUUCAUCCGUGUGAUUAGCAUCUAGUCCACUGAAGUUCUCCAGGAAAUGAUCUUCCACUUGAGCAAUGAUUUACUUGAUAUUAUUUGCACCUUUUUUUUCCCUAUAGUUGAGUUGGUGGCCUGCUGAGAUAUGUACCUUGCCACCCAGCCAGGGAUUCCUAAUCACUAGUUAUUACUGCAUUAAUAGGCUCAGAGAGCUUGGUUUGAAGUUCUGGGUAAGAUGAAACCUUUGCUUUGAACCACAGCUCUGGGGGCCCCCGCUUCCUCUCCAUUGGAUGAUGACUGUCUGCAUCACUGCCCCAGGCCAUUUGUAACUAAGGUGCCUGGCUUUUAGCCACUCCUUUCUUAUGUGUCACUUCUCAGCUCUGGCUGGCCAAGAGCGGGACAGGGCUUUAACCGGAAAUAGGAGCAGCAUACAGUUCCCAGCUGUUCACUGCACAGUAUUGUAUCAUAACUGCAGGAAGUUUUUAUUUGUAAAACUGGAUUUGGGGUACAUUUAUUUGCCCCAGUACCUCUACCUGAAGGCCGAAUCCUAGGGCUGCCAUGGUUACUAGCACACUGAUUCUCCUCAAUGUUGUUCUUCUGGAGCCUACAUAGUAUGGGACAGAGUAACUUAGAAAGCAUCUUUGGUCAUCUUUGUCUCCUUUUUUCGUGGCUCUGAGAUUCCGAAAUCAAAGUUCUCUGGCUCUCACCCUCCCUAGGAAGUCAGGAUUCCACUGACUUCCUGGGCAGCCAGGGGAUUUAAUCUCCCUUGAGAGGAUGACAGAGUGAGUUACGAGUUUGCCUGUGGCUGUGGGAGACCUAUUUCAUCUGGGCCUUUUCCCCUUCAGAUUAGCUUUCCUGAAACAGUGUGCCCCAUAGUUAGGCCUGAGUUUGUAGCUUGUUAAGACACCUUUCAUGAAUACUGUGUUCAAGCCAGACAGAAAAGUCAUGGGACCACUUCCAGAAACCUUUUUGCUGUCAGUCCUGUCAGUCUCAUGACAGCUUGUGGGUUGUGCCAAACACUUUCUGUGGGAAGGAAUCCCAGAUUUGAGUGGGGCUUUUCCCUGGGCCUUAUACUAGAGAGGCAUUUGUAAUAUGGAGAGAAUCCUUUUUUCAUUUUUGCUUAUUAUAUACACUCUCUUUAUGUUCUCUAGCUCUCCUUCAAAGAACCUUUGAAAUAGAAGAAUAAACUCUUCACCUGUCAUGUAUUGUUGCUGCAGAUAGGUAAUGAUUAUUGUGGGAAAUUUGGGUCAUUGACCUUUGUGCUUUCAUUCCUAGAGAUGUUUCCUAUUCCCAUAAGCUAAAAACCGUUGCCCCGAAGUGUUGGAUGUGGGUUUUCUUACAACCCCCCCGGUGGCAGAGUUGAGGAACAGGGAACUAGCUUUGUGAAGUUGUAAAGAAACUACUUCCACUUAAACUCUCCGUGGAGUGUGCUUCCCAGCGCUCGCUCAGGCUCUAAGUCUAUCCCUCCUGCAGGGAUGUUCCUUUUGGCAAAUACACACUGUAAUCUUGAAGUCUAAAUUUAUAUGUGAAAUGCUACCUUUUUUAAAAAAGAAACUAAAUAAAAUUAUUUUACUAUCA